CAGUAUAGGGUACAGAGUAAUUUUUUUAUAACCUCCACCAUAUAAAAUUAUAGAGUAGUUGUACAGUAAUGUACCUAUAAUGACUUUUAAUAUUUUUCGCUGAAUUUAUAAUAGUAAUUAAUAGGAUUAAGUUAAUUAUUCAAUUCCUUAGAUGACGUACAUAAUUAUAGUUGUAUAAUUAUUGUAGAGUAAUAAAAGUAUCUAGUGUUUUAGAUAUAAAAAUGGACUUGGUAAUACUGAAGGUAAAUGGUCAAGAUGUUACAAAUUCUAGUCAUGAAGAUACUUUAAAAAUUUUUAAAACAGCACAAGAACCAAUAACUAUAGAAGUGAUACGUAUGCAACCCAACAAAUGUAAAAAUACUGGAGAUAGCAAUGAUUUAUCAAUAAAUACUAUAGUCAAUCAGCAGCAAGUGACACCAGGAAGUAAAAAACCAUCAGCGACAACAAGUUGCACGACUGGUGUACAGACAGAUUUAUCAGGGUUCAUAAAUGUUGAUGAUGACGAUUAUUUUUAUAAUUAUUUUGUUUAUGAGGAUGACGUAGACGGAGUUAAUUAUGAGAUAGCGCAGGAGCAAGAUGACGAGGAGCUUGAUGUAGAUGAUAGAGAAGCUGUAGAAAUAAAUGAUUAUUUAUCAAAUUCAAAUAAUGAUGACGAGUAUCAUCAGUUAGAAACUUAUAAGCCUGAAGAUGUAGAUGACGGUAGCGGUGGUGCUGGUGCUGAUGAAGUUUAUCUUGAAGAAAUAACACUGCGUAAAAGCAAGAGCACUGAAAAUUUAGGGUUGACGGUCUCAUACAAUUAUGACAUUACUGAUCGUAAUAAUCCAACUGACAUAACUGCUGUUGCUUAUAUAUCUGAAAUAUCUCGGGAUAGUUUGGCUGCACGGGAUGGUCGUUUACGUGAAGGGGAUCAGAUAUUGCGUAUAAAUGGCCGUGAUAUUGUAAAUAAAGACCAGAUUGAUAAAAUUUUUUAUCAAACUCAGAAUAAUAUCGUUAAUAUUCUCAUUAGUCGGUGUGUUGGUCAAAAUUCACCACCACCAGCACCACCUUCUUCUUCUGUCUCCUCGUCUUUAAAUAAUAUUGAUGACCAGCCACCAGCAACAGCAACAGUAACAGCAACAGCAUCCGAAACAGAUGACCAUAGUCCAGCUUAUCAGAACAGUAUGAUUGAAUUGUUGAUGCGUCAACAAAAACAAUUUGAAAAUUCAAAAAAUAAUAAAAGUCUUCCAAAUGAAACAAAUGAUGAUAACAGUGAUAAUAAAAUAUUAAUUCCACCUCAAGUGCCAUUUCAUAAUAAUUUACCAUUAUCAACAUCAUCAUUGUCAUCAGCAACACCAAAAAAUAUAAAUAAAUCAUUUAACAAAACCAGUCAGCACCAUAGUUUAACAAGUAAUUUUAAAGAAUCAUUAAAAAAAUUUGAAGAUUUAUCAAUAAAUAAAAAAUCAGUGACAGGUUUAGUAACAUCAACAUCAACAGUUGCAGCCUUAGCAGCAGCGGCAUGUCACAGUGACACUGAACAUAUUUAUGAAACAAUUCCAGAAAGCGAUAGUGAACCAAUUUAUUCAUCGCCAUAUGAGAGCCAGUAUCUUCCGCGUACAUUUGAAUUGAAUCAGCAGCAGCAUGUCAAUCAAUCAAAACUAUCAACCAAAAAUAGCAGUAGUUCUAUUGAAGAAAAAGACAGCUCGAGUGCUUACAACACCGGGGGUGAAUCUUGUAACAGUAAUCCAUUAUUGCUUGAAUUAUAUAGAAGCGAUCGUGAUGGUAAUGAUGAAGGAACAAUGGGACUAAAUUCUUUUGACAUUGGAUCUACACCACCAGGAGCAAUCACGUCAAUUAAAUCACCAGUUACUUUUAUGCCAACGGCAAUAAACUGUCGAGUUAAAUCAUCCGCAGAAGUAACUCCUGUUACUCGUUCAAAUUCGUCGUCUUCGUCGCUGUCAAUUGUCACCUCACCGCGACAACCGAUUCCUAAGAGUUUGUUGAGUCAGGAAGAUAAAAAAUUGUUGUCAGAAGCACAUUAUCAUCAACAGCAACAACAGCAGCAGCAACAGUAUCAUCACAAUCACAACUAUCGUCACCAAUGUCAUCAUCAUCAUCAUUACCACAAUUACCAAAAUAAAAUACCGGCGCUUAAUCCAAACUGCCAAUUACCGCAAGACGAUAAUCGCGAAUUAGCAAUCACUAAUAAUCGUGAUGAUAUUUUGUAUACAAAUAUUGAUAAUAAUGAUAGUAGUAAGCGUACGACAAUGAUUUUACAACAGGAAAUUUUUACACAAGCACUUAAUCGUAAAAAUUUUAUAACUAAUCGUAGUAACACAUGUGAGAGCGAUAGAGAAAUAAGAAUUAAAAAUUCAAAAUCACAUGGUAAAUUUCAGGCGCCAAAUUUAACUCAGUAUCAUUUUAUUGGUAGUAGUCAGCAGAUGCAACGUAAUCCAGCAAAUGAUGACAAUGCUGGAGGUAAAUGUGACCCGCGUAUGGAAUGGAAAGUAAAACGCAGACCUGACGGCACUCGUUAUAUUGCAAGACGUUCUGUUAGAAAUCGUCUGCUGGGUAAUCGUACUCUUGAAAUAUUUGAAGAACGCGCUGGUCAGACCACUGAAGAUGACACAGUCUCCGAAAUAAAGCUUGGACGAUACUGGAAUAAAGACGAAAGAAAAAGACACAUUGAACAUGCUAGACAACGUAAGCUAAGACAUCAAGCUGCUAUGCCACCACCGGCACCACCAACUACCCUCGUAGCACAGCAACAUUUUAAACUGCGACGUGAUUUUAAUUGUGAACACCGCGCUGAUGAUUCCGCGGUGACGGCAGAAGCAACUUCGACCAAAGAAUUGUCUAAGAAAUUAAUCCAGGAUGCGAUAAUGACUCAUGUUAAUAGAGUUGACGACAACCAUGACGACGAAGACGGUAUGCUAGGUGGUGGUGGAACUGCCGGAGACGACGAUGCGCUUACGAUAAAUGGAAAAUUGAAAGGCUUGCUAUCCGUAACUACAGUGUAAUGUAUAUAUUAGGGCUGUGCGAAUAGUUCCAACUUACGAAUUAUUUGUAUCGAAUCGAAUCGAACUUCCAAUAAUUCCAAAAUUUUCUCUUUAAGGGGAUACGCUACCAGACCUCUUUCUCACACUCAGAAAAAUAAACGGGACUGUCUUUGUUGCACUCGUAGAGUAAAUGAGAAUUUUAAAACAAUUUUUCUCGGAGACGAAUUAGAAUUUUGAAAAUACGAAAUUUCUAGCUCUUUGUUAAGGUUUUAAAAAAUGCUAAAGACUCUAUUUUAGGUUUCCAGUUUUUGUCCGUGAAUUGAAUUGAAUUGAAAAUCGGUUACCGUUACUUUUUAACGGCUUAAAAUUGUAAUAUUUUUUCCAAUAAUUGAAAUUUUUGUCAGAGGUAAAUAGAGCUCAGACAUGAAUUUACAAAAUAAUUACUUUUGGUUACUUUAAAAACUGAGUUCUGCCCCAAGUAGCAGACUUGUCUUUGUGACAUCUAUAAGAUACCAAUUUUUAGGCUGUUUUUUGAUGUAUCGAUAAGACACCAACGUUGACAAAACGAUCAGAAAUUUAUGUCACCGAAAAAAUAUCUACUUAAAAGACUUGACACAACCCUGUUUAGAAAAUCUCAUAGAAUCCAAUAGAUUCUCAUACAUUCCUAUAGAGAUUUUAUAAGAAUGAAUGAGUUCUAUGAGAAGUGCUAUAGUUAAGUAUAGGUCCUUAUACAUACAGCUAUAAGAGUCUAUCGGAUUUUUUAAGCAGGGAAGUGACGACAAGUGAAUUAAAAUUAGUGGUAAAAUAAGUCAUCUAAAGGACUUUUUAAUUGACAUAAGACAGGAAAAACAACACAACUCUUCUCUAUCUUCGGAACCAACAUUUGCAUGUCGUAUUUAUACCAAAAAGGUGACUUUGAGGCAAAAAAAAAAUUUCGUAUCCUUUUAAAAAACAUUUAAAGUUAUCUGUGCUACUUGGGCCAUUAAAUAAAAAUUGAAUAUUUGAAAGCUGAUCAGAAUUUUCUUGUUUUGAAUCGAGAAAUUUGAAAAGUUACGAAUAAUUCAAAAAGCUUCAAAUUAUUUGAAAAUUCGAUUCAAACACGAUUCGCACACCCUUUAGUAUAUAUAUAUUAUACAUAUAUUUAGUAGUUAUUUUAUAUAUUAUUGCUUACAUUUUGUGUAUAUAAUUUAA